AAAGAACGCGCCUCGGUCAUUUUCGUAAAAAUCACGUUAUCUUAUCACGGCGGUUUUUUUUCGCGGUUUAUUGCCGGUGGUUGGUUGUUAGUGGUAUUUCGUAAAUACAGGGGGCGGACGUGAAGGCCCCGGGAAAAACCAAAUAAACAUCAAACGCCCACGGCCACCCGGAAAAGUGAAAAUUGACUUCUAAUCCGACGUAUCCGGACGUCGACCAAAAUAAGCGGUCCUGUGUGGCACAAAGUAGCAACACGUAGAGAGCGAGAGACCGUCGUGCAGCCUAAUUAAAAACAAUCAGUAAAAGGGAGCGAGACAGCGGCACAUAAUUAGAAAAACAGGAACGGGUGAAAGAAAGCAAAGGAUGGAGAAUUCCGCGCGCACUUUUCCAACUGCUGCGGUCCGCAGCUACCACCACAGCAACGCGUGAUUUUUCAUCAUAUUUGCGCACCGACCGGUCAGUCAUUCGACUUGUAAAAACCAGGCUACUGCGAUCAACGCGUACGAGAGAGUUUUUUAAACUGCAUUAUCAUGCCGGUUAGGUCGCCACCCGCUGCUGCUGCCGACGACGACGCCGACCGUCGGUUCGAGUGGUGAGAACGCGCGGGAAAAAUCAAAACAUGCAUUUGGCCAGUGAAGUUAGCUCGACGACGGGUCAGUAUGACCGCAAUUAUAGUAAUUUGACGGCCGAAAUAUUGGCGGAAAGAACGAUUGAUGGACUUUUGGCCGAACAUCCGGGCGAACUGGUCAGGACCGGAAGUCCUCAUGUGGUUUGUACCGUGUUGCCGCCGCACUGGCGUUCCAACAAGACUUUGCCGGUUGCUUUUAAAGUUGUGGCGUUGGGAGACGUGGGGGAUGGGACGGUGGUAACUGUUAGGGCGGGAAACGACGAGAAUUAUUGUGCGGAGCUGAGGAACGCGACGGCGAUCAUGAAGAACCAAGUGGCCAAGUUUAACGAUUUGAGGUUCGUCGGACGCAGCGGCCGAGGAAAGAGUUUCACUUUAACCAUCAUAGUGUCGACAUCACCACCGCAAGUGGCCACACUCAGCAAGGCCAUCAAGGUUACUGUCGAUGGACCAAGGGAACCAAGAUCCAAGACGCGCCAAGCUGGAUUUCAUCACUUUCCGUUCGGACCAAGGCCGUUUCACCCAGACCCACUUACGGGCAGCUUGCCCUUUAAGUUAAGUGGUAUCGCGCAUCACCUGGCAGGUUUACCGGGCCCACCUCCGGAAUGGGCUCUGUUAGGGCGCCACGCGUACCCCCACGGACCUCUAAUCCCCCACCACCAUCAUCAUCCACAUUUUCCGCACCACAUGUUUGCGUCGCUGGACCGUCCACUUACUCAUCAGUCGUCACCGCGAACCUCCACUGAACCAUCUUCCACAUCGUUAGGACCUAUAUCAAUAAAUUGUGGGAGCGCUCCUCAUAGCACGACGUCCCCAAGAGGCUCGCCUGUACAUGUUGGAUUACUGGCCACCGCCGAUGGGUCAAAGUCACCACAGGAGGACGACAUAUCAGUCACAGCAUCGCCUACACCUUCGCCCAAACCGUUACCGGCGUUCCCAGGAGUUAAUCCUGGCAUUCACAGCAACCAACAGUUAUUUAAUAACGCUUUAGCUGCUAGCUUAUUCUUAAACGCUCCUCUUCUGCCUGCUCCUAGUCAGUGGUUUUAUUCGCAACUUUACCCACACGAUUGGAGUUGGAUCAACUUACGACACGCGUCUCUGGACCAGUCCCAUUCGCCACUGGAAGAUAACUCUCAGCACCCUGACAGUUCUAGCGAGAAGGUGGACGUCACUGAAUUAGACGACGAGGAAAAAGCAGAAAAAUCGGAUACUUCGGAACCGUCGGAGAACAAGAAAAAUUGCCAGGGCGUAAAUUUGAGCAUCAAAGUGGAAAAACUGAAAAAAUCAUCCGUUAAGUUUGAUAAGCAAAAAGAUGUCGUUUCGCAUGAUAGAGAUAGCCUGAAGAAUGCCAGGAACGACAGCAGUGGUAGACAGUCAGAUGUGUGGAGGCCGUAUUAAAUGAAAGUAAAUUUGAAAAAAUGUUUAACAAUAUUUUCGUAUUAUCCUCGGUUCGAGAAUAUCGGUGGUCAUAAUAUUUUUCUUGUUGAAUUGAAUAUUAACGGUAAUUGUAUUUCGAACCCGGUAUAUAAGUCUGAGCCAGUUUAUAUUAAACUUAUUAUGAUAAAUUUUGACAAAGACAUAUUUAUCAAUGAGAUACAAGGAAAAAACAAGAAAUUGAUUAAAAUGUUUCAAGGAAAUUGACUUUAAAAUGUGCUGCUUAGGAAAAUUGUAAACAAUUCAAUUAUGUUAUUAAUUUGUGCUUACUUCUUUUUAUCUUCAAUAUCCGUAUAGUGCUAGCUCUUUUAAAAAUCCUAACCGCACUUGCAAUUUUUUUUCUGUUUAAAUUUUUACAAAACAUUAUCCCACUUAUGUCGAUAAUAAAUAUUGUGUAAAUAUUCGUGUAAAAUGAAAUACAUUGUUAUAA